AUGGCUGGAGAGAAGUUUCGACAUGAGAAUAUUAUGCCUUUGAUUGCUUAUGGGGAAGACAAUGAUAAGUAUUAUUUAGUCUACGAGCACAUGUCUAGCAAUCUUGCUGAUGAUAUAGCAGGGUUAAGUUGGAAUCAUGUUGUGAGAAUCCUAAAAGGCAUUGCUCAAGGAUUGCAGCACAUCCAUGGGAAAGGCUAUGUGCACGGGGAUUUUAAGCCUCAAAAUAUUUUGCUCACACAAGGAAAGGAAGCAAAGAUCACUGACUUUGGGACCCUCUCAAGGGAUGAUGGUAGAGGUUUCAGCAAUUUUACAAGGGGCUAUUCUGCCCUUGAAUUGGCUAUAGGUGCUCUGCCAACAAAGAAAUCGGAUGUUUUUAGUUUUGGGAUAAUAUUGAUUCAACUACUAUCUCGAAGCAUGGACCUAAAGAGUGAGGAUAGCGCUUUAGCUUUGACGGAGCUUACAAUCAACUGUACCAAAAAAUGCCCUGAAGGCCGUCCCACUAUGAAUAAAGUGAUUAGAACGCUCAAUGAUUUCAUUUGA